AUGCCUGAGGCAAGAAUUGAAACAGUUCCCAUCCUCCGCAAUGGUGGCCGCGGCAGAGGCCGCGGCCGCAACUCCAAUGGUCGUAACACCAACGCCAACAGGAACAACCAGCGCGAAGAUGAUGGCUCCCCCAGCAGGAAACGAACUGCCUUUGAUCCAUCCGCGAUCAAUCCUCAGACAUACCAACCCGAUGCAACACAAAAGGACUCACGAGUGGCCCCACUGCAAGCCGCCCUGAAUUUCCUACAUGGCACCACUGCGACGCUCCAUGAGGCAUACCACCGUACUGUCAACAAAGUAGGAGAGGAAUUUAUCAAAGCCUUUGCGGCACACCAGCGCAACAAGGACACUCUCGACGGUAUGAUUGAUGGCAACAACCAAACCGGGGAAUUGACCCCGUCCCGGAUUCCAAAAUCAGUCGAUAUCAAAUUCGAACUGAAGGCUGGCAAUCCAGCAAUGGAGAGCGAUGAGAGCUUCCAAGCUCUCCAACAAGAAUCCACACAAGCUGUUGAACUCUACAAACAAACCCAAGCAAAAAUUCUCAUUCGAAAGAAACAACUGGACGUCCAAUAUGCUCAAAAGGCCAUAGCCGAGUCCCUGGCUAGAGGCCUUCUGUCCAUCGCCAAUGGCCACAAGGUCAUCUGCGGCAGAGAGAAUCUCAAUGGCCAUGCAAUUGUCAACACCAUCUUGGAGGCACACCAUGAGGUGUUGCUCGAACACACUGGCAUUGACCUAGCAACCUUUAGAACAAUAUACAUUAACGUCCAAGGUCUCGCAACACUGCCUGAUCCAUUACCAGUAACUGAUAUUCAGCAUCAGCCUCAGCCACCAGUGGCACCCGCCAACACAUGCGCCUGUCCAGCCAGCAGAGCCCCUGGCUCCCCACCUGCAGGGGCCCUAUUCCAUCGACCAACUGACUGCUGUCUCCAGCUACAGCGACCUCGAGGCCACCCAGGAACACAUUCAGCGAUGCCUAGCCGCUGA